AUGGUGAGUGCCAAAGAAACUGUGGAAGCCCAAAUUGCCGCGUCCCCCGUGGUGGUGUACAGCAAGACCUACUGUCCGUACUGCACCAAGACUAAGACGCUACUGACGCAGCUGGGAGUCAAGUUCGAGGUCGUGGAACUGGAUCAGGUAUCUGAAGGCAGCGAGCAGCAAAACGCGCUGGAGCAGAUCACGGGUCAAAGUACGGUGCCCAACGUCUUUGUCGGGGGCCAAUCCAUUGGUGGCAACUCGGACGUGCAGAAGCUGCACAAGGAUGGCAAGCUCGAGCCGCUACUUAAGCAGCACGGCGCGCUUUAA